GCCGAGGCGGGGGAAGCACGUGGAGGAGGAGCCCGCGGGAGGCAGGCGGAGCUGCUGGAGGGGGGCAGCCCGCCCAGCCGGGGAGCGGGGAUGGGUGCUUGAAAGGGGAAUCUGUGGCCGGAGGAGGGAGAGCGGGACAAGUGGCUGGGGCGAGCGUGCCCCGCUGGCGCAGGCUUCCCGGCAGGGACCUUUGUGGCGCGGCUCAGCCCGACGGGAGAGCGCCCAGCAUGGAGCCCGUUACCAAGUGGAGCCCAAAGCAAGUCGUGGACUGGACCAAAGGCUUGGAUGAUUGCCUGCAGCAGUAUGUCCCCAAAUUUGAACGGGAGAAGAUAAAUGGUGAACAGCUGUUACAGAUUUCCCAUCAAGAUCUUGAAGAGUUGGGUAUCUCACGAAUUGGACACCAGGAACUGGUUCUGGAGGCAGUGGAUCUUCUUUGUGCACUGAAUUAUGGUCUUGAAACAGACAAUAUGAAGAACUUGGUUCUCAAAUUGCGAGCUUCUUCCAACAACCUGCAGAAUUAUAUCAGCAGCCGGAGGAAAAAUUCAAAUUAUGAUGGAAAAACAUCACACAAACCUCCCAAUGAAUUCCUCACCUCAGUGGUGGAGCUUAUUGGUGCUGCUAAGGCCUUGCUAGCUUGGUUGGACAGGGCCCCAUUUACAGGGAUUGCUGACUUCUCAGCGACAAAGAACAGAAUCAUUCAGCUCUGCUUGGAUCUCACCACCACGGUUCAGAAGGAUUGCACUAUGGCUGAAAUGGAAGAUAAAGUUCUACAUGUAUCCAAGAUUUUAAAUGGAAUUUGUGAUAAGAUGAUCAGAUCAACUACAGAUCCAUUGAUGAGCCAGAGUGCAUGUCUGGAGGAGGUUCAUUUAACCAACAUUAAACCUGGGGAAGGCCUGGGAAUGUAUAUCAAAUCAACUUAUGAUGGAUUACAUGUAAUUACUGGAACUACAGAAAAUUCCCCUGCUGAUAGAUCUCAAAAGAUUCAUGCUGGUGAUGAGGUGAUCCAGGUUAAUCGUCAGACUGUAGUGGGAUGGCAACUAAAAAACCUUGUGGGAAAGUUGCGAGAGAAUCCUUCUGGAGUUAAACUGCUACUUAAGAAACGUCCUACAGGCUCUUUUAAUUUUACUCCAGCCCCACUGAAGAACCUACGCUGGAAACCACCACUUGUACAGACCAGUCCUCCUCCAACUACAACUCAGUCACCAGAAAGCACCAUUGAUACAUCAAUGAAGAAAGAGAAGCCAGCCAUCCUGGACCUCUAUAUACCUCCACCACCAGCUGUUCCGUAUUCUCCUCGGGAUGAGAAGGAGAGUCUCGUUUAUGGAGGAGGUUAUAAACCUAAGCAGCCAUUACCUGGCUCCAAGGGUGCAGAGUCUCCUAAUUCUUUCCUCGAUCAGGAAAGCCGAAGGCGAAGGUUUACCAUUGCUGAUUCUGAUCAGUUGCCUGGGUAUUCCAUGGAAGCAAAUAUACUGCCAACAAAGAUGAGGGAAAAAACACAGUCUUAUGGAAAACCACGCCCUCUGUCGAUGCCUGCAGAUGGGAGCUGGCUGGGAGCUGCAGAUCCUUUCUUGAGGCCCCGAGCACCAGGGAGAAAAGGUGAAGAUGUCCUCUGCAGGUAUUUCAGUAAUGAGAGGAUACCCCCAAUCAUUGAAGAAAGUUCCUCCUCGCAGCAACAUUUUGCAAGGCCAGUAGCUGACAGGCAGUUAGUGAGGGGCGCAGACUACAUCAGAGGUAGCAGGUGCUUUGUGAACACGGAUCUUCAUAACAGUGCAACUAUACCUUUCCAGGAGGAAGGAGCUAAAAAACUCUCUGUUACAUCACCCACAAAAUCUUCCUCCACAGAGCCCUCGCUACUGGUCAGUUGGAUCACAAGACUUAAACUGUUGACUCACUGAUUGUUUAAUAGAAUGUGUUCUCAUCUUCUGUUACCAAGUGCCUUUGUUCCUCAGUCAGACUUCUUGCUUUUCAGCUACAGUAUUACAUAGUGACUGGUGUGUUGAUCUAUUCCUGGAGAGUUGUACCCAUCUCCCCUUUUUUGGCUCUAAUAUACUGGAACAGAGAGGAUUGGAUAAUGUGAGAUGGAAGUGGGAUAAAGGUCUAGUUUCUUUUUCCUGCCCCAAAGUUGAGGGAAUUCAUUCCUCUGGAAACAAGUAAGGCUUCAGUGAAUCAGAGGUCAUAUCUGGUCUGAAAUCUGUAUGACCUGUGCAGAAGCAAUUGAUGCAUUACAAUGAGGUCCAGUGGCACUUCAUUUGCUAAAAUGCUCUGAUGCACAACCUACUGGCUUGCCGAAUAUGUAGGGCUCAGUGAAAAUCCAGAGCUGUUCUGACCACAAAGGCAAGAGGGGAAACAUCUAUUUUGUAUAAUAAUGUGGUGUUGUGGCAAGUACUGCUGCACCUUUAACUUUGUAAGGAAUAAAGGUAGCUUCUUCUCUCUGAUAACCAGAGAACUGUGUUAAGAAUAUAUUAAACCUGGUUUAUAAUCCAGUUAUUGAGAUCUCAGUACAGGCAAACUAGUGUUCUCUGACUUGCUGCAGUGCUCAUCCAUAAAGAUGUGGAUUGCUACAACAUGCCAAGAAAGAGCAUCUAUAGAGGUGGUAAAAGAAAUGUAUUUUUUUCUUUCAUUGUUUAAGAAUGAUUUGCUGUUAACCAAAGUAUCCAUAUAAAAACAAACCCUGUUGGUUUUAUGGAACCUCUACAGUGGUUCAGUUUUUGAACUGAUAGAUAUGUGUUUUCAGAAAGAAAAAUAUGCUGGGAUACGUUACAGUAGUAAGACACCUGGCUAUUUUUAAAUGUAGCUCCAGUUUUUCACCUUUAAAAGUCUCAAGUAGCAGCUGGUAUUGGGGGAGGGGGGAAAAGCUUGUAAAAUUAUGGUUAUUAAAGAAUCAUUGUUUAAAACUGAAUGUACAAGAGGUUGUUAGUAUGCAAAAAAGUGUUUAAUUUAAGUGUUAAAUAUAGCUGUAUAUUUUUUUUACUCUUAACCAUAUGUAGUUUGUACAUUCCUAUCUACAGCACUGUGCACUAAUUAACCAGUGCCAAAAAACAAAUACUGUUAUGUUCUCCAUUAAAUCAACUGCCAAAUGCUGCAUUGGGUGAUCUUGCAGUAAUGACAGAGCCUCCUGUGUUCCAUCUACAUUAAAGAAAGGAAAAACAGUUUAACAGUUUUUAGUGUCUGUCUGUACUAUGAAUUUUAGCAUGUUGGGGUAUUGCCCUGACUAUGUUAUGACAUAGCAUGGUUUUGCCUAUGUAGGUGUGACCAAGCUGAUGUUACAAAAAUGUUAUGGAACUCUGUUAUGGCCCUCUAGAGACCAGGUGGUUAAAUUCAGCCCUCUGGUAAGUUAGUGCAACUCUGACUUCAAUGGUGAUUUAUACUAGGGUGGAAUUUGUCCCUAGAGCUGUAACACCAUUCUUUAACACAGUUAUAACACAGUUUGGUCCCAUCUUCAUAAGCAUGACCAUACCACGUUAUAAUGGAGAGUAGUGCAGUAGUACCCUCACUUUCAACAUGACAGAACUGGUAGUGCAGACAAGGCCAAACUCACUUGUAGUUCCGUUGAGUUCCACCUGUGUGGAUGGGGCGGAGCUGAGUGCAGAAACUUCUCUGUAUAAAUAGAUCUAGGCAACCAACACUGUGUGUUAGAAGCCACUUACAACGUAGUCCAGCCCUGUGCACACAGGCUAGGCUGGCUGCUGUUGCGCUAUGGUCCAAUUCAACAACUGCUGUUAAAUUCAGUGUAAUUCAUAGUAGACAAAGUUCUGCUUGCCUUUGCUAUCCUAUGUUUGAGAGGCCUAAAGGUGUCUGUAGAAGCACACAUUUGUGAACAGGGCUGUACAUGUGUUCAGAUGGGUGGAAUCGGAGAUGUGUACUGCUUUUUGUUGUUGCAGGGUUGCCUCCAGAGAACACUUUGUCCCUUCUGGGUCUAGUAAUGGUGGCUCACCCAGUCUGAUUCUCUGGAAGCGCACUCGGUCUAACAAGAAUAAUGAGGAAAGCUUGCUCUAAUUCUCAAUAUCUACCCUGCUCUAAUUUAGUCAAAGUAGUUUAAAACUUCAGUAGUCAUUACACCUUAAUCUACACUGGUUUAGUUUACUCUGUUCCAGCGUUUGUACUGAUCUGAUUGGCCAGUUAUCAUCCCUAUAUUUUGAACACUGUUAUAACAGUUUGGUCACUUCCACACCCGUCAGACAAACCAUAUUAGAAAUCUAAAAAUCUGUUUCCUAGCUAUUCCCUCUCCCUCCUCUCUGCCUUUUCUUUAAAAUUAGGCUGCAAAGCAAAACUAAACUUUCGAUCUUGCCCUUUACUGUGUAUAAAACAUAGCUUCAGACUUUUUAAUAAAAACAAAUGAUAUUGCAAGGCUCUUACUUAGAUUCAUAGAAUAUCAGGGUUGGAAUGGACCUCAGGAGGUCAUCUAGUCCAACCCCCUGCUCAAAGCAGGACCAAUUCCCAACUAAAUCAUCCCAGCCAGGGCUUUGUCAAGUCGGGCCUUAAAAACCUCCAAGGAAGGAGACUUCUUUCUCUUUGUUGGAGGAACCCAAGAGUGAUGUCACACACAGCUGUAGCAGCAUUGCUCAUUUCCCCCAAUGAGAGGUGCUGUGACACUGAUACUAGGGGACAGAUUUUUAAAGCUAUUCAGGUGUCUACAGAUGCAGCUAGGCACCUAAUAGGUUUUUGCAAGUGCUUAUGUGCCUAAUUCCCAUUGAUUUCAAUUUUAACCUCCCUUUGAUUUCAAUGGGAGUUUAGUACCUAGGCACUUCAGAAAAUCCCACUAGCCCCUAUCUGCAUAUGUUGGCACCUAACUACCUUAAAAUAUGGCCCUUGGUCUUAAAUUUUGAAGAGGCCAUUAGAUCAUCUAAUCUGACCUCCAUAUUAUCACAGGCCAUUGUGUGUAUGUCUACACUACAAUUAAAAACCGGUGGCUGGCUUGUGCCAGCUGACUGAAGCUUAUGGGUCUCCGGCUAAGGGGCUGUUAAUUGCAGCGUAGACGUUUGGGCUUGGGCUGGAGCCUGGGCUCUAGGACCUUGCAAGGUGGGAGGGUCCCAGAGCUUGGGCUGCAGCCUGAGGCCAAAUGUCUACACAGCAAUUAAACAGCCCCUUAGCCCGAGCCCUGAAUCAGUUGGCAUGGGCCAGCUGCGAGUGUGUAAUUGCAGUGUAGACAUACCCUAAACUUCACCCAGAUGCCCCUUUGUUGACUCCAGUGACAUUAGAUCAAAGCAUUUCAGUCCUCAGGAGAGGCAGAGGACAAGUGGGACUGAGGUGCCACUAAUGGCAGAAGCCUCUGCAACAGCAGAGAAAUGAGAUUAGGUGGGGUAUAACCAGACAAUCCUAGCAGAACCCAUGCUGCAGAGGAAGGUGAAAAAACCCACCCCAGCGGAACCGCCUGAGAGGAUUCUCUGAAAUGUCUCUGAGCACUGGUCUUGAACAUCAUUGAAGGGUGAAGGAUACCGGCACAUUUAUUUUUGCUUUACAGUUCACCUUGGAGAAAUCUCUGGCUUCUUUCAAAGUCAUGUCAUCAAUUACUGUGAUUUUGGAGGGCAAGUUGAUAUUUUUUGUACUUUGGCAAUUCCUGAUUUUUGGCUGGGUUGGAAACUACUGUGAGACGUAGUCUCGCCUUGUAUUGCUGCUUCCAUUGGAACCCAAAAUACUAAGAGAGCCUGAUCUCGCAAGAUUUCUGGCCUAAAGUACAUAACAGGUCCCCACACUCUGGAGGCUUGUCCAUCACUAAUAAUUUAGUUGGCCAUUGUAGACACUGUGUGCCCCUCCGCCCAAACCCACCACCAACAAAAUUUCAAAUGUCAAAUAAUGUACAUAGCACACAACAGAUGCAAUCAAAACAGCAGUGCAAGGAAGCUCGAAAACAUCUAAACCAGAGGUAGUCAAUUAUUUUUUGGUCAAGGUAUAGUCAAGGUUCACACUCCAGAGAAAAUAAUUUAAAAGACCAACAAUAAUGAUAAUAAGUAAAUAAAAAGAGUUGAGGGUUUGUUCAAAAGUGUCUGGCAGUCCAGGUUUGGCCCGCGGCUUGCCUUUGAUCACCCCUGAGCUAAGCUGUGGCAGAGACUGACACUUUUAAUAGCUAAAAUCAUGGUCCUACUAAAGACUGAAUUUAUGACUUAUUACAACAAUCUGUAACCCACUAACCCCCCUUUUUCUGUCCUAUGACCACAGGGGUGUUAAUGGACCACUUCACCUUGAAUGAUCCCUUUAAAAUGUGCUAACUACUUAUGCUGAACUAUUUGUUCAACCUUGUAUUUAGCGGUGACACUUUUGGUAUGGUGUACCCACAGACUUACAUCGGUAUAACAACAUCCCUUAGGGGUGUGAAAAAUCCACAUCCCUGAGCAACGUAGUUAUACUCACCUAACCCCCGGUGUACACAGUGCUAUGUCAAAGGGAGGGCUUCUCUCAUUGACAUAUCUACUCCCUCUCUGGAAGGUGGAUUAACUAGGCUGACAUAAGAGCUCUCUCCUGUUGGCAUAGGAACAUCUUCAUUAAAGCACUACAAUGGUGCAGCAGCGCCAAUACAGGGUUUUAAGUGUAGACCUGUCCUUAAUACCUUUCGCAGACCUGAGGAUGAGCUCUGUGUAGCUUGAAAGCUUGUCUCUCACCAACAGAAGUGGUCCAAUAAAGAUAUUUCCUCACCUACCUUGUACCUUUUAAUAGCACUGAGGCUGCACAAGGGGGGGAAAGAAUGAAUGCAAUAAAAAAACCCAGUUCUGCAAGAAACUGAGUUGGAGGAAGCUGCCUCUGCCAAUUCCACCACAAAGAAAACUGCUUUUCUGAGAGCAAGUCUGCAAUACCUUCUUCCUAAACAUAACUGCCGUGAAAUAAUAGAUCACCCCAUAUCAGGUCUGCCAAGGUUAACAAGCACCAACAGGCAUACACUGGUAGCAGAGCACGAUGGACUGGCUCCAGAUGCUGCAAAAGGCACAUGCUUAUCAACCAUGCUUUGUGUUUGAGCAAGCUGCCUGAGCUUGCCCCUCUCAUGGGGAAUAAGUCUCUUAGCCCCAGGCUUUGCUUACUUUGUUUCAGCGCAGAUUGCAAGCUCUUUUUGUAGUAUUGCUUUCUUUGUGAAGCUGGCAUUUUGAAGGCCUGAUAGGUGACUUUAUUUAAAAAAAAAUUAAAAAAAAUACUGGAUUGCCAAAUGGGGAGGCUACACCACCUUUCUUUCCAUGGGAGCAUCUGGGGAGUUUUCCUUUGAGGUAGGGCUGGCAGAGGAUGCUGGAGAAGGAAAGAGACACGAACAUCUUACCAGCCCAGUGGUUUCAGUUUGUAGGCAUAAACUGCCCAGCACAGAGGGACCUAAAACGCAGCCCUGCUUUUGGUUUUAUCUAUCUUAGAGCAGCCUAAACCUACUGCUGUUCUCUGACAUCCUUGUGAACAGCCUACACUGACUCUUUGUUUUCAUUGCUGGUAAAUCCAAUUAAUAAGGAAUGUAGCAUAUCAAAGAAGCUAGAAAUAUCACCAAAUAUAAUGGUUGUGUAUGUUUAUAUAUUUGAUAAUGUAUGUAAAUUAGACAACAGUCAGGUUCCUGGCAGUCUGCCACCCUGGCCCUCUUUAGUGCACCUGGCCUACCCUUUUGCAAGUGUGUGCCCUUCCUGAGGACCCAAUCUUAAUUUGCUGCACCGGAACAUGGUUAACAAUUAAAGCAAUCAUUGAAAGUUUCUGAUCCAAUGAGAACAUUUAAAUUAUUGGUGUAUAUCAUUAAACUGUUUCUGGGAGCUGGGGUUCUGCGGUGCAGUGUGUUACUGCACAGACUUUUUACCUCCGGAGACCUGGGUUAAGGGUGCAAGUGACUUCUCCUAGAGCUAUUUGCCCCUCUACGGCAUGGGGAAAAGGCUGAAUAGGGAGAGCAAGGGGAACAAUGCUUCAAACUGGGUUGGGUUACAGAAGAGGCAACAACCUUCCCAUCAUGGUGGUGGGCAGGGUGAGGGAGAGGAGGCUAGUAAAACCCUGGAAAGGGGUGUAGCUAUUAAAACAUCUUCAGUCCAAGAAUCUAGAGGAAAAUCCCAGGCCCAAUCUCUGAAUGCCUGUCCUUUUUUUUUUUGUGUCUCUGAUUAAGGCUCUUCCAUCUCUUGGGCAGCAUGGCCAGGUGUUUGCUUCCCACGGUAGCUGUGCUCUUGCUUCCUUGGGGAAGGGCAGGGGAAGCAGCUGGCCAGGAGUUUGUGCAAGGAACAUGGCUCCAUACCUAGGAAAGCACGCCAUGUUGCCCCAUGGUCAUAUCUCAGUUCCGUGAGCCCAUGCUCUAUGUGGAGAAGCUGCAGUUGGUGCUCUGAGAGCAUUCUAUUUGUAUCCUGGCCCAUGAUUCAUGUGCAAGUGAUCUCCCUCACACCAAGGCAGAGAGCAUUUAGCCCUUAAUAUCUUGUUAUACCUAAAAAAUGGCUAUACAGCUGGAACCCUGUACUGAAGGAGGACUGGAAUGGCAGAGGGGGUGGUUCGGGCUAUAAUUGGGAGGGGGGGGCCUUGUCAGAGCUGUGAAGGGGAAAUGUACACCCUGGUGGCCUGUAUUAUUGACACUGGUAGAGCAGUGUACCAGGGGCCUUAGUGUAAAUGACAAUCAAGCCCUACAUCUUUUUCAAGCCAAUAUCAAGUCUCUCACUUUUCAUGAGCAUUAAAUGAAUGUCAAAUUGAAAAACCAACUCCUGGGGAAAUGCACAGAAUAAAAAGAGCAGGAACUUGAAGAUAGCAUAGUGUAUCAUCAUUGCCCCAAGCAAGGUAUAUCUGGUAGUUACUUCCCUGUCUGAUUUUCCUUUACUGGCAAUGGGAAAUUAAAGAAUAGACAAGAUAAAAGUCUUACUUGAACAGCUCUCUACCUCCACCCCAAGCUUUGGUAUUAAUUAGCUGAUGUUUAGCAGAUAGCAAGACGAUACAGAACAAGUGCAACUACUGGUUUAGCUAGAAGGAUUUAAAAUAAAGAGAAGAACCUGCAGCAAUGAAGGCCAGAUUAUGGCAGAGUCUGGAUUGUUUAUUCUGUACCAUAACUGCCUUUGUUAAAAGUCUAACCCUUUUUGACAUUGUUUGUUUGUAACAUGGAAAAGUAUUAAAAAUGUGACUUAAACAAAA